AUUCAUACAUUUACAAUUUAUAUCCUGAAUGUAUUUAUUUCUGUAAAGCUGCUUUGUGACAAUGUCCACUGUUAAAAGCGCUAUACAAAUAAAAUUGAAUUGAAUUGAAUUUUCACAUGAAGUUUAUUUUGUUGAACUUAUCUACUGUUCACUGAUGGAGACUAGAGGUAUUAUUAUGGGUAAUUUUUCUGUCUCAGCUGAUGGACUACUGAACAUUUAGAACAUUCUGGACAUUUUAUAUUUCACUGAACUGCUCCUUUAACACUGCAGUACAGGGGCUGAUGUCAUCUCCUGUAGCUUUAGCUGCUGUUGCUGUGAUGAAAUGAAAUAUUGUUGGAAAAAUAUUGUCCUGCUGCACUGUACUGCGUGGAUAUGUCAUACUCAUGCUGAAGAAUAAACAGUAAUACUGUGUUCUGUGUACAGUAAAGGACAAUUUCAUAUCACACUAACAUCAUUUCAUUCUGUAACACUGCGCUAUAGUUCUGUGAGAAAUGGAUUUCAUUUCGAUCAGUCGGGACAUGUUCAGUGUCUGAUGUUUAAUAUCCUGUGAGACGUAGUGUACAUGCUUAAAUCUUUAUAAAGUUGAUUUAAAUGAUGUUGUUAAGCUCCAGAUUUGUGAUUACACUCUGACUCAUGCAAAUGAUCCAUGCAAAGUGUAAUAAUGCCGUGUGUGUUAUGAAAGACAGAGAGGAGACAGGGUGGAGAUUAGAUUAGGAAAAUGAGCAGCUAAAUCCACCAUGCUCAGAUUACUACAAAGGAUAGAGUAAUACACACACACACACACACACACACACACACACACACACACACACACACACACUGGUCCAGGUAAGGAAGUGUAACAGGUGAGUAAAAGAUGAUAUAUUGUUUUAACUCAUGCUGAAGGCUGAAGCUUUAUUUGAUGUGACGCUUUGUUUUGCUGUAAGAGACGUCCGUCAUGGCUGUGGAUAUGGAGAAGAUCAUCCGGUGCAUCACGCAGGGAGACCAGAACAGCGUCCUGAUGCAGCUGGACGACUACAACACCGAGUUUGCACAGUGUUUCUUUUUUAAUGUGGAGGAAAGAGAGAGGAGAAAGCAACGAGAGCUCGAGGAGUUCCGCAGGAAUAAAGUGAGAGACUACGUUCCCGGCUCGGACUCAGACUUCGGCUCAGGAGAUGAAGACGGUGAGGAUCCAGACCUCGUCUUGCGCAGACGGUUGGCUGAAGCUCUGCUCCAGUUCGUCAGGACUCGUCUCCAGCCCGGCGUUCUCAGUGUGUGUUUGCGUACGCUGCGUAUUCUCUCCCGUGACCGCCAUGCACUCGCGCCCUUCAUCACUGACUCCGCCAUCCUCACCCUCGCCUGCCUGGGUGGCAUCAAAACCCCGCCUCUUUCUCACCGUGACGAUGAGGAGGAGGAUAAAGAGAGAGGAGAAGAGAAAGUGGACAACGUCGAGUCAAAUCCUGUCAGCAACAUGGACUUCCAUGUCCACUUCUCUGAUGCAGCUCCUCACGUAAGCUCCGCCCCCUCACACACCCCAUGCUGUGUGAGCGAGGACAUCACGGAGAUGGAAAGAAGCGACGGCAUCCACGGAGUGUUGGCGAGAGGAAAGAGGGAUGCCAGAGAGGAGGAAGAUGAGGAGAGGAGUGAGUGGUGUGAUGAUGGAGAGGUGUGGAGGAAAGAAGCUAUGAAGACUCUCUGUAAUGUCAUCUACAACAGCCAGAGGGCGCAAGAGAGGGCCAGUGCACUGAGACUCCUUCCAGGUCUCUCUGAAAAGCUGAAGGAUGGCAUUCACUCUGCGUCGCCCCCCAGUGGUCAGUUUUAUGAGCUGCGGCUGCUGUUCCUGUUGACGGCUUUAAGGCCUGAACUCAGACGACAGCUGCAGCAGGAGCGCGGCGUGUCCAUGCUGACGGCCGCUCUGGAGCAGUGUUUAGAAGUUCAGUGGUCUGACGUGUACGAGGUGGUGGCCUGGGAAGCGGAGUCGCCCCCUGUCUGUAAGGAGGUGUCUCAGCGCGCCAUCGAGAUCCUGAAAGUCCUGUUUAACGUCACGUACAGCUCACACACACAGCAGCCUGAUGAGGAGGAUGCAGCUCUGUAUCGCCGCCUAGCUGCUGUACUGCGCCACUGCCUGCUGCUCCCCUGCCAAGGGGAAGAACUGACCGAGGAACUACAGGGACAGACGGUGAAUGUGUUGUCAGCACUUCCUCUGCAGUGUCUGGACGUCCUGCUCUCAGCUCGUCUCUCUGAGGGAUCGAGGGAAUCGGGGGGCGUCAACAUGGACUGUGUCCACUCGCUGCUACUGUUUAUGGAGAAGAGACUGGACAGAGGUCAUAAGCUGAAGGAGAGACUGACUCCGGUGCUGAAUCUCCUGACUGAGAGCUGUAGGGCGCACAGAGAAACACGACACUAUCUCAGACAGCAGAUUCUGCCGCCGCUGAGGGACGUGGCGCUGAGGCCCGAGCAAGGAGACACGAUCCGUAACAAACUGGUGAGACUGAUGACGCACGUGGACACGGAGCUGAAACACUGCGCCGCUGAGCUGCUGUUUGUGCUCUGCAAAGAAAACGUGGGCCGGUUCGUGAAGUACACCGGUUACGGCAAUGCAGCAGGUUUGUUAGCAGCUCGAGGUCUCCUGAGCGGUCGCAGCUCGACGCCUCAGUCUCAGUACUCCAGCGACUCGGACUCGGACACGGAGGAAUACCGACAGGCCAGAGACAGGAUCAACCUGGUGACGGGUCGAGUGGAGGAGCCGCAGCCCGACCCCAUGGAGGGGAUGAGUGAGGAGGAGAAGGAGGCCGAAGCUGUGCGUCUCGUCGCCAUGUUCAACAGACUCUCCAGGGAUAAGAUCAUUCAGCCGAUGGCGGUGAUGCCGGAUGGCCGACUGGCGCCUCUCUGUGGCCGUAUGAGGAACAGCACCCUGGAAGAGGAGGAAGAGGAGGAGGAAGAAGAAGCAGACUGUGAAGAAGAAGUGGAUUAGGAUGCGAUCCUGAACCCGGAACCUCCAGAAUUCAGUUCCAGCUCUGAUCCAACCGCUAAUGUAGUGGACUGAAAGUGGAUUCUGUAGGGAGGUAGAUCUGCAGGUACAGGGUUGUUAAUCAGUGGCGUAGAUGGAGAGCAAAAUGAAGGGAGCACAAAAGGAUAGAGAGAAAAAAGAGACAGAGAAAAGGGACAGUCUGAGAUACAGUUCAGAGAAGGGAUAAGAGAUGAGGAAUGAUAUAUUACAUGUGCAUAAAAGCAGAGACCAUGGCAGUUCUGUAAACAGGAAAGUGUGUGUGUGUGUGUGUGUGUGUGUAAUGCAUAUGUGUCUGUGCAGUCAUAUUUUAGCAGCAUCCCUGCAGGAAAAUCUGUAAUAAUUUUGAAGAGAGUGAGAGUUACAGUGAGAGAGAGAGAGAGAGAGAGAGAGAGAGACAAAGAAAGACAGCCAUCAUCGCAGACAGAAAAAUGCUAGCAAGGUUGCCAUGACUGCGUUGCCAUGGUAACUACAGGAAUAUGUAGUUCUCCAGAUUUGAGAGAUUUCUCUCUCUCUCUCUCUCUCUCUCUCUCUCUCUUCCUUUCCCAAGAGUGGAGUGUUUACCUCGGAUGAGAACUGCUGAGGUUCAAAUCUAAUGCUGUAAUGAAAGAAUAUUAGCAGCUAAAUAAAAAAAACAUUUCAUUUCCUGUACUCUGAGUGAGGCGUUUUCAUUUGCAGCGUGAUUUCCCCCCCACACUUUUAUUCAAAAAGCCGUGCAAUGGUGGAAUUACAGCAUGCAGAGGGACCAUUAACCACAUCAGCACAGUUUAAUGUGUGGCUUUCAAUCCUCUCCGUCUCACUCACUGUUUUUCUCCUUUUUGUUCCCCAACCUGAAAGCCAGAGAUGCUGAGAGCUGAGG